GGGAUGACAACCAAGUCAACUCUCUGACGAUUGCUCUCUGGCGAAAGCGCCUGCAACAUAAGGUAUAUAAAGCUUAGAUAACAGAUUACCUAUAUCAGUAACGGUAGGUAGUACCUCUUGGCAACUGGUGCAUGGCAGCUAGCUAGCUGCAUGCUUAAACGGUACUUUUAAGGAUUAUACGUACUUUUUGACAAUGAUAAUUGAGCACAAGUCAGGGAUGCUACUUGGAUACACAAUGAAAUCAUACAGCCCAGGGCUGGGAUGAACGGGGAAAGCUGCCAGCGAAUAGGCUCUCAGCAUGUGUGGAGCUCCCCCUGACUCAGGAGGGUUCCUGCUGAGCUGGGCCGAUGGGGCGUAGGGUGGAUAGGCUAGAGGUGACGUCAGCGUCGCCUACCAUGACGUUUGAGAGCCUGCCCAAGGUGCGCGCCGCAACCAGCCUCGGCUUCGCGCGCGGCCUCCCCUCCCCGGUCCCAGGGGCUGGUCCCAAAACACGACGCGACGGGGAGUUGCUGUUUGAAGCUCUCACCGGAGUUUCCCCGGAGGAGAUUCGGUGCGACUCUCCGGACCUGUUUCUGGGCUCACGGCAUCACACCGGGGGGCGGGACUUGCACACGCUGAAGCACCCCCGCGAGGCGUUUUCGAGCGGGGAGGGGAAGGGAAGGGGGAACGUUUGCAGGAGUCCGGUUUCAAGUCCGGAGCCGCUACAGACGGGCGAAUCAGAAAACUGGAGCGUUCUCUCAGACGGGCGGGAUGGGAAGCGGGGGACCGCGGCGUCGCCCCCGCCGACCGGGGGGGAACGGGAAGCAGCGCAAACGCCCCUCGCCGCGGAGAAAGCGAGAGUGAACACUGCGGAGUCCGCUGACGUCAUCCGCAAGGGGAGUGACGUCAGCAGGAAGCGGCCGAGCGGGAGCCCCCCGGCUGCGAGAAACAAGAGGAGCAGCGGGCGCACGCGUAUCCGAGCGGCGGAUGCAGGGGUGCAGACCGAGGCGUCGGAGACGGAGGAGGAGUCGGACGACGGUUUUGUGUUUGGGUCGUAUGAGUCGUUCUUCUAUCAGGACGCCGAGAUCGGACGGAAGCGUUCCAAGGCCGAGAAGGACGCCGAAUAG